CUUUUUCCAAUAUUUCGUCAUGCUAUGGAUGGAAACAUAUUUAUUCUAUUGUUCUGUGCGUUUGGGUAUGAUUGUUGUGGCCGUUUUAAGUUUUCUUCAAGUAUUCAUACCGACCGUCUUGAUACUAUCCAUGGGCAUGGAAUUUCUUGAACCAAUAUUAAAACUUUUCAAAAACGAUGAAGAAUAUGGCAAGAAUAUUGUUGUAGUAAAACUUCUAAAUUCGAUUGAGAAUCAUUCACAAGGUUACAUCGCAUGCUUUGUCACCGGUACGGUAUUUCAUAUGGUUUGUUGUGUAUUGGCAAUUGUUGGUGCCUUAAAGCUCAAGAAAUGGCUACUAUUGCCCUUCAUUAUUGGCGAAUUCUUUCGAGUAGUCAUAAGCUUUGCAAUGCACAUCAUACUCAUGAUAAUUCUUAAAAAGAAGCUCAGCUUGGGACUACUGAUCGCGGUUACUUUAGUCGGUGGCUUUGUAAUAUUGUACCUCGCCUACAAUUGGACUGCGAGUGUUGCACUCUUUCAAAUCAUUGAACUCAUACACAGUGAACGCUAUCGCAAACUCUAUGGCGAAGAUCCUUUUCAUCCGCUACAGUCACCUAAUUAUAACCAACAACCACAAGGAUAUGGUGUUGUACGAAAUAUACGUGUGCUGGUCACACCACGUAGCGGUGAAAUUGAUGCACAGAAAAUGCGUCAAACCGAACGAAUGCCAGUGAUUGCUGUUUUGCCAGCAAAUUAUGGAAGGCAUCAUAACGCGCCACUUUUACCGAAUAAACAAAUUAAGAAAAAACAACAGCGACAAUUUAAAGUUCAACCAUAUAAGACAUACGAAGCGCAACGGAAUGUGUUAAAUGCUGAGUUUGGCAAUUGGCAAUGGUCGGAGGUAGCGGUUGGGAGACAGAAAAGCACAAUGAUUCAGCGUAAGUGGUGA